AUGGCCCAUUUCUCCAGGGAGGAUGAGGCGAUGCUGCAGGCGAUGCUGAGGCAGUUGUUUCAGAGCGUGAAGGAGAAAAUCACGGGUGCUCCCUCCUUGGAGUGCGCCGAGGAGAUCCUCUUACAUCUGGAGGAAACCGAUGAAAAUUUUCACAACUAUGAAUUUGUGAAAUACCUUAGACAGCAUAUAUGUAAUACGUUGGGGGCUAUGAUUGAAGAAGAAAUGGAAAAAUGCAUAUCUGAUCAGAAUCAGGUUGAGGAAUCUGGCUAUGACACAGUUGUACAGCAUGUUACUAAAAGAACUCAGGACUCUAAAGAUUGUUUAGCAGAUAAUAAUAGUUUCAUAUACAUGAAGAGUUACAAAUUUUGUCAAGGAAAAUUACAAUCGAUUUUAGAGCAGUUGGAUCCUGGGCAGCCUAAAGAGGUGAGGUAUGAAGCCUUGCAAACGUUAUGUUCAGCUCCUCCAUCUGAUGUCCUGAACUGUGAAAAUUGGACCACUCUCUGUGAAAAACUGACAGUGUCUCUUUCAGAUCCUGAUCCUGUGUUUAGUGACCGGAUUUUAAAAUUCUAUGCACAGACAUUUACACUUUCACCAUUACAUAUGACCAAGGAAAUUUAUACAAGCUUAGCAAAAUAUUUGGAGUUAUACUUUCUUUCUAGAGAAAAUCAUAUUCCUACUCUUUCAGCUGGUGUGGACAUAACUAAUCCUAAUGUGAUCCGCUUACUUAAAAAGGUUCGUCUUCUAAAUGAGUAUCAGAAAGAGGCUCCGUCUUUCUGGAUUCGUCACCCAGAGAAGUAUAUGGAAGAAAUUGUGGAGAGUACUUUGUCCUUGUUAUCAGUUAAACAUAAUCAAAGCCAUCAUGUCUCACAAAAGACUUUAGAUCCGAUCUACUUUUUUGCAUUAGUCGAUACCAAGGCUGUGUGGUUCAAAAAGUGGAUGCAUGCAUAUUAUAGCAGAACUGCAGUACUAAGACUUCUUGAAAAGAAAUAUAUGUCUCUGAUAACUACAGCAGUUCAGCAGUGUGUUCAGUACUUUGAACUGUGCGAGACCACGAAAGCUGAGGAGGCUUUGGGACACUCAAAGCAUUGCGGAAACAACCGGAGAACUUUCUACUACUUAGGACAAGAAUUACAAUAUAUUUAUUUCAUUCAUUCAGUGUGCCUUUUAGGGAGAUUAUUGAUCUAUACACAAGGCAGAAAACUAUUUCCUAUAAAGCUGAAGAAUAGAAAAGAUUCAGUAUCCCUUACAGAGCUGCUGGUUCUAUUUAUCCAGCUUAUCUAUUAUUCACCAAGUUCCUGUGAAUUGAUUGUUCCUAGGUUUAUAUUCAUGACCAAAUCAGAUGCUGCUCCAAAUUGCUCUGAGACAGCUUUAAUUCAUAUAGCUGAUAUCUUGGUGAGAAUUGCAUCUGUAGAAGAAGGACUGAUUUUCCUUCUUUAUGGAGAAAAUAUGAACUCUGCAGAAGAAGAAAGUCCUACAGGUGCUCAUAUAAUUGCUCGGUUUUCGAAAAAACUUCUUGAUGAAGAUAUUUCUAUUUUUUCCGGAUCGGAAAUGUUGCCUGUGGUUAAAGGAGCUUUUAUUUCUGUGUGUCGUCAAAUAUAUAGUACAUGUGAAGGCUUGCAGGUGUUGAUUCCUUAUAAUUUGCAUGAAUCUGUAGCAAAGGCAUGGAAAAAGACAAGUUUCCUAUUGGAAAGAAUUCCUACCCCAGUAGAGGGUUCUGAUUCUGUUUCUUCAGCAAGCCAGGAAUCUCAAAACAUUAUGGCUUGGGAAGAGAAUUUGUUAGAUGAUUUACUUAAUUUUGCUGCCACCCCCAAAGGAUUACUACUUCUUCAAAGAACAGGUGCCAUCAAUGAAUGUGUGACAUUUAUGUUCAGCCAAUAUGCAAAAAAAUUACAGAUCAGCAGGUAUAAAAAGUUUGGCUAUGGAGUUUUGUUUACGCAAGUAGCAUCAACAGCAGCAGGAGCCAUAGCACUACAAAAUUCAGAUCCAAACUUUGCAAGAGAUACAUGGCAUUUUAAAACAUUUUCCAAACUUCAUUCUUUUCUAGCACUGGUGAACUUGUUAUCCUAUCCUGCUGUUUAUGAGCUGGUAGGCAAUCAAGAUCUUCCUAAUAAAGCAGAGUAUUCUUUAAUCCAUAUUCCAUGAUGUGUGUGUGAUAUUAUUGAUAGACUUAUAGUUUUGAAUUCUGAAGCUAAGAUUCGUUCAUUAUUCAACUAUGAACAAUCACAUAUCUUUGGCCUAAG